AAUUGAUUAGUACCUGCUCCAGUAAUUGUGUAUAGAUUUAACCAAAAAAUUUGGACAUUAGUGUGGUAUGUUACUAUGCUUCCCUUCUUUAUAUAACCCGUGUUAUAGGCUUAUAGCAUAUGCUUUGUUUGUGAGAACUUUAGAGAAUCAAAAUGGAAGCAACAGAGGCUGAGGCAAUGCUUAGAGGUCAAGCAGAUAUAUGGAAGUACAUGUUUGGCUUUGCAGAUUCCAUGGCAUUGAAAUGUGCUGUGGAGCUACGCAUAGCUGAUAUAAUACACUCUCAUGCUCCUACUGAUCAUAUGAUCACUCUGUCCCAAAUAGCCUCACACUUAAUAGCACCCUCUCCAGACAUCACAUGCCUCACACGCAUCAUGAGACUUCUCGUCCGCCGAAACAUCUUCGCCGUUCAUCACCCGUCCGAAGGGGGAGAACCUGUCUAUGGGUUGACCUACUCGUCACGAUGGCUGCUACAUGACUCGGAGAUGAGCCUAGCUCCAAUGCUUGUGAUGGAGAAUCACCCCUCCCUAAUGGCGCCAUGGCACUAUUUCAGCCAAUGUGUCAGAGAAGGAGGGCCUUGGGCCUUCAAGAAGGCGCAUGGGCUUGAGAUUUGGGACUUUGCCUCUGAAAAUCCAGGGUUCAACAAAUUGUUCAACGAUGGCAUGGCCUGCACGGCUAGGAUUGUGAUGAAGGCAAUACUCACAGAAUAUGGACGCUGGUUUGAUGGGGUGGGGUCCUUGGUGGAUGUAGGCGGUGGGACCGGAAGUGCAGUGGCUGAUAUUGUGCAGGCCUACCCCAACAUCAAGGGUUUCAAUUUUGAUCUGCCACAUGUUGUAGCCACAGCACCAGCGUACCAUGGAGUGUCACAUGUUGGAGGUGACAUGUUUGAGGACCAUAUUCCAAAUGCUGAUGCUGUUUUCAUGAAGUGGAUUAUGCACGAUUGGAAUGACUCUGAUUGCAUCAAGAUUUUGAAGAACUGUCGAAAAGCAAUACCAGAGAGAGGUGGGAAGAUCAUGAUCGCUGAUAUAGUUCUAGAGCCAAGUGGUGAUGGGGUGCUGGACGACACACGAUUGGUGUUUGAUCUAGUGAUGAUUGCACACGCGUCAGGUGGAAAGGAGAGGACUGAGAAUGAAUGGGAGAAGAUACUGAAAGAAGGAGGUUUCCCUCGCUACAAAAUCAUCAAAAUUCCAGCUCUGUUAUCCAUUAUUGAGGCCUACCCUGUGUGAUUUAAAAUUUAAAUCACAGUGUGAAGUGUUGUAGUUAUUAAUAAUAUGGCACUGGCAACUUAUAUUUGUGACGUGAUCUUAUUCAACCUUGUUUUCCAGUUAUAAUGUCAA